AUGGAGUUGGUGGUGGGUGCUUCGGAGGCCACCAUGAAAUCUCUCCUAAGCAAGCUCGGGGGCCUGCUUGCUCACGAGUAUGCUCUCAUCAGGGCCGUCCGGGGCGAUGUCCAGUACAUCAACGAUGAGAUGGCGAGUAUGCAGGCUUUCCUCGGCGACCUCAGCAACACCUCUCCCCAAGGACAUGACCGCCGGAUGAAGGACUGGAUGAAGCAGAUCCGUGAUGUUACCUAUGACAUCGAGGAUUGCGUGGACGACUUCGCGCACCGCCUGUCCCAUGACCCCGGCACCGACAUAUGCUGCGCCUUCGUCAUCUCCAACGUCUACGAGGUUUGGACAUGGCGACCUCGCCGGGACAUCGCUUCGAAUAUUGCUCAGCUCAAGGUGCGCGCAGAGCAGAUCGGCGAGCGGCGCACCAGGUAUGGCGUGGAGAACCCGAAGAGCAGCGAUGGCCAGUCCAGUGGAGCUGCCACUCGAUUCCAAGCUGCCGACAACCAGCAGAUGAGCCUUGAGCUUGUCGGCACCAAGGAGCCUGUGGGAGUGGACAAGGAAAUGGAGGAUCUGGGGAAGUGGGUGAUGUUGCAGCAGAAACAACCACCACAAGACCAAGGCGUUCUGUCUAUUGUUGGGUUCGGAGGGGUGGGCAAGACUACCAUCGCCACGGCGUUGUACCAGAAAUUUGGUGAUCAGUUUGACUGCCGGGCGAUGGUUACUGUGUCGCAGAGCUCUGACAUAGAAGCGAUACUGCGAAUCAUACUCAGUCAAGUCAUGCCACAAUCCAAACAUGGCAAUGGCCAGCAACGCAGCAGCGGUGGCGGCACCUCGAAGAAAAAUCCCCUUAUGGCUGCAAUUCGCAGCCUAUGGAAUGCUGUCGUCGCCAAGGGCCAGGACCACCAGCAGCGCGGUGGCAGCACCUCGGACAUUACACAAGCUCUCAGGAACCACUUGGAAGGAAAAAGUUACUUGCUCUUAGUUGAUGAUGUAUGGUCUACAUCUAUGUGGGAGAAGAUAAAAAAGUCACUGCCUAGAAGUAAUAAAGGUUGUAGAGUAAUAGUUACCACACGGUUUCAAGCUGUUGCUAGCGCGUGCAUCAGAGAUAAAGGAGAUCGUGUUCAUAAAGUGGUCGUACUUGGCGAUGACAAGCCCAGAGAUUUAUUCAUGGCCGAAUCAAAUAUCAGCGAAGAAAACCGUUACAAAGUUCCACCCAAACUUUGGGAAAUGUGUGGCGGUCUGCCGCUGGCCAUCGUUACCAUGGCUGGGCAUGCCGCCUGCAACCCAGGCAGAGAACAAGCUCAUUGGAAUACAGUGUGCAGUAAUCUCGUAGCAGAUUCCGGCAAAGCUCUUGCACAGGAAGGGGUCACGAGGAUACUUAGUCACUGCUACAAUGAUAUGCCUGGUGAGAUCAAGACAUGCUCCUUGUAUUUAUGCAUAUUUCCUAAGGGGCGCAAGAUUAGCAGAAAGCGGUUGACAAGGCGAUGGCUGGCAGAAGGAUUCGUAAGCGAGAAGGAUGGGCUGAGUGUGGAGGAUGUCGCGGAGACAUACUUCAAUCAUCUCGUAAGGAGGAAGAUCAUACGUGCCGUGGAGCACAGCAGUAAUGGGAAGGUGAAGAGCUAUCAAGUUCAUGACAUGGUUCUCGAGUACAUUGUGUCCAAGGCAAGUGAAGAAAAUUUCGUCACCGUGGUUGGCGGCCACUGGCUCAUGGCGCCGCCUAGCAAUAAAGUCCGCCGUCUAUCCCUCCAAGGGGAUGACUCCAAGCAGAAAAGAGCAAUGGAGAGCAUGAACUUUUCUCAUGUCCGAUCUCUGACCUUGUUUGGGAGCUUGGCCCAACUGCCUUCCAACUCUUUGAAGUUUGGAAUAGUGCAAGUUCUAGACCUUGAAGGUUGCAAGGAUUUCAAAAAGCAACAUGCCAAGGAGAUAUGCAAGAUGCUUCUACUAAAAUACCUCAGCCUCCGAAGGACAGAGAUUGACAAGAUACCUAAGAAGAUUGGAAAGCUCCAGUAUUUGGAGACUAUUGACAUAAGGGAGACCAAUGUCACAGAGUUGCCGAACACCGUCUGCCUGCUUGAACGACUGGCGAACAUACUUGGUGGGAACAAAAGAACACGGAAGGCACUGAAGCUUCCAGAAGACCUGAAGAAGGAAACGAUGAAAUCCCUGCGCAUACUGUCAGGUAUCAAGAUCGUUGAAGGGCCAGCGACUUCUGUGGCAGACCUUCAUCAUCUCACGGAUCUGAGGAAGCUAGCCAUUUACAAGCUCGACAUCAAAAACGGGGGUAAGCUUUUCAGAGAAUUAAGCUCCUCAAUCGAGUACCUUGGUGGCUACUCUCUCCACACACUUAUAAUCGAUGACCAGUCAUCUGAGUUUCUAAAAUCACUGAGUGCUCUCUCUUCCCCUCCAAAGUUUCUCAAUGCCCUUGAGCUAUCUGGGAAGCUGAAUGAGCUCCCGGAAUGGAUCACAGAACUGGAUGCUCUAACAAAGUUGACACUCUCGGUGACGGUGCUGACUACGGAUGCUUUGCACCAGUUGAGCAAGCUCCAAAAGUUGUUUUCUCUCACAUUUUCACUUACUUCAGCAAAGCAGGAUCCAGGAACAGCCUCCACCACCGGGGAAAAUAAGGCAGAUUCUGACGGGGAGAUCAUAGUUCCGGCUGGUGGAUUUGAGGAGCUCAAGCUCCUUCGCUUCUCGGCUCCUUUCGUGCCCCUGCUAAGCUUUCCAGAUAAUGCAAUGCCGAAGCUGGAAAGGCUUGAGCUAAGGUUCAGCAAUUUGCUGGGAAUGUAUGGCCUGGAGAACCUUCAACAUCUAAAAGAGGUUCAUCUCAGAGUGCAUGACAAAGCAGGUGAUGUUACCAAGUUAAUGGUAGAUGAAGUGGCAACUGCAGCGAGGGAAGAUGCCAAAGGCUUCAGAAUAAUUGUUGAUCAGUAUCACGAGUGA